AUGAAAGGGGCGCAUGUUUACGUGCGGUCGAAGGAGGAGGGCUGGCAGCUGGGGGUGGAUCAUCAGGUUUCGAGGGCGCGGGCGGAGGACCUCCCGUGCAGCGUCCAUUUCGUCGACCUCGAGCGGCGUUUCAACGUGUCGCCGUCGCCGGCGAAAUGUUGUACGGUGGUGGAUGGUCCACCUGGCCCAUGGUGCUUUCUGGUGCACAUGCGGUCCGGGAGCGUCCGACGGAACGGGACCUGAGGAGUGCGCUGUGGUGGUG